GGGGUAUCCAACCCACAAAGCACUGGUGCCCGCAUUGCCUCCCCCAACGACAUCAUGGCGGAGCAAGAGGACGUGCUGCGGUCGCUGCUGGACGCAGCCGUGCUGCGUCCUUCCCACCUGGUCUUCAUCCAGUCCUACCAGCACGAAGUCGUCACCAAAUGCAAGGCCAGUGAGCUGCCACUGAAGCGCUUGGCGAGCCAAAUUCUGGCUGAGACUUACCGCUGUCAGUACCGCAGCUCCGAACAGCAUUUGCGUGCGUUGCUGGCCGAGGCCUGCAAAGAACUGCCGAAAUUCCCGGAAAUUUUCAGCCACGUAUUGCGAGCCAAGGCUCCGGCGCUUGUGGCUUCCUUCGCUAGUGCGCGUGUCAUUGCGUUGCGGCUCUCGUGUGUUGUGCUGGACGCGGCGCUAAUCGCUGACUCCAAGCCGGACGCCGCGUGGCUCAAUGAGCUGCUAGCGGCACAGAGUUGCCUGUUGGAGGCCACUAUUGGAGACAGCGAACGCAGCCAGAAACAGGCACGCAAGGCACCGCUCAAACUGCUCAAGAAGCACGGCCAGACGCUACUGCAUAGCUAUGUGGACGUGAUCACCUCAGCUGAACCUGAGGAACAGCACUAUCAGCUGUGGUUCGUACUGAGCCUGAGUGAUCUACUGAACAAGGAGACGCAGGAACUAAUGUGGAACAAGUACGUCGUCUGGGCUUUUGAGAGCAAGAAACGCACGUUCGCGCCGCUGGAAAAGAGCGAUGCAAGGUUUAAAAACUUGAGCUACGGACAAUUCGAGGAGAUUAUCAUGCCGCCUAUGGCUAAGAUGCUCAAGAAGGCGCCCGACACGGUCAUUGAAGCUGUGGGUGCGUUCGUACACGCCACACCGCUGGACUUUGGAAGAUACGUGAGUGACUUCUUCCAAUCUGUGCUGAUCUCCAAACUACGAGCGCCGAAGGACGAUGUUCGCGCCCUUGCAGUUGCGUUGGCCGGGGCCCUGACUCGCUCGUUCCGUCAGAGUGAACACAUGAAGGAGUUUGUGGCUGUUAUGGGCACCUUGUUGGACGGCAAACACGGCAUCCUCGCCCAGUUCUACCAGCGUGAAGUCGCUUUCGCUGUACUGAAUGACGCUGCCGAUGCCGCGAUGGUGCAGUUGGAUGCUUCGGAGGUGCAGGAAAUUGCGUCUGUUGCUAUUGCGUCUCUACUCAAGGCUGUGGGCAAGGAGGCACAUGAACAAACGCGCCACCUUGGACUCCUGACUCUCGGCAAGUGGCUUGCGCUUGCCGGAACGGACGAGCUUGACGCUGCCACAGUGACUGCUUUGAAGACAGGGUUCAAGAACAAGCCUGAGCCUGUCGUAGCUGGAUAUCUCCGCGCAUUGGAUGUACUCUGCCGCUCUAGUGCCACUGCUGUGGUCCCAUUUGCCGAUGAAGUUGUUGCUGUGAUUAAGGACUCGAACAAGAAGCCCAAUGUGGCGCAUCUCGAUGGUGUGCUGGCUGUUGCAGUCGCUGGUGUAAUUGCGUCUGCCAGUAGCGAAAUGGACGCUUGCAUGGCUCAAGAAGGUGUUGCUGACCUUCUGCUGAGCUCUACGUCCUUCGUUGGACACAGCGUUCGAUCAUUGUUGAGCACUGUGACGAGCACGUCUCGACAGGCCGCUGCACUGGAGUCUCCAGAGAUUUCGGCUCUUGCUGCACUUUCUCGUGCUCUCGUGUGGGUCUUGGCAUCGCAGCAAUCGGAUGCUAGCGAAGCUUACUCUCUGUUAGUGGAACUGCUGUGCUCGUCAAGCCUCACUGUGCGCCAGAGUGCUGAGCGUGCUGUGGAGACGAUGUACCAGUCAUCGCUGGAGCACUGCGCUGGCCUUGUAGCUGCGUUCGAGAAGAAGAUUGAUGCUCUUUCUGGUCAAGAGGAGGCCAGCCUUCCGCCUGCAGGCGUGCUUCGUCGUGCGCUGCGCGUACUUGUUCCUGCUGCAAUCAGUAAAGCAGACGACACAAAGGUUCAAGUAUUCCCAUGGGUGCUUUUCCUUGCGCACAACCCAUUCCUGGUUGCGGGCAAGAAGGCAGAGGCGUUUUCGCGCGAGUGGCAGUCCAUUCGUCGGCGUUUCUUGUCUCCUAGUACUGAUACUGCCAAGAGUGAGGAUGACGAUGACGACGAGCCUCCCAGUGAUGCCAGUCUGGUGGACAACUUCAUCGAGGAGCAUGAGGAAGUUAAGACAGCAGUCGUUGAGUUACUGGCCAAUGCUUCUACGGGCAAGCUCUACUCUGCGAGUGCUCUGCAGCGCCUGGCUGCUCAGCGUGCUCUGGCAACUCUGCUCGACUUCGCUGGUAACGGUGAAGGCGAGGAUCUUGCGUUGCACGACAUAAUCGAGGACCUACUGGCUAAACGUCUAGACGAUGAACAAAUCGAUGCUCUCAGCGAAGAGGAUGUUGCUAUCUGCCAGACGCCGUUUGAUGAAUUGUACGAACCCAAGAAGGAAGGCGAGGAGGGGGAAACCACUAGCCGCAACAAGCGCGGUGGCCGUCGCGGAAAUGAAGACGACCAGUGGGAACAGGAGCUGCGCGAGGAACUUGAACGCAAGAAACGUGCCGAGGAGGGAGCUCAGAAGAAGGUGUACACGCCUGAACAGAAGGCUCAAUUGGAGCAGCAACAGGAAGUACGACGCAAAGUCCAGGAGACUCACCGCGUCGUGUCUGCCGUGUUUGAAGCCAUUGACAUGUUGGCAUUAACUCGUCCGGAUGAGCUGCAUCCAGCACUGCCGUACCUGCUUCGCUCUGCGCGCGUGCUCUUCACAUGCCCCCUUUUCGAGUCUGAAGCCUCCAAUGCACUGAUGGCGUUGGCUAAGGCCAUUAACCCGGAGCUACUUCGCUCGAGCUAUCAAGACGUAGCAAGUGCCCUGCGCAUCGCUUUGGAGUUGGAUCAGCUGACGUCUGACAAGGACAAGGCUGCCCACAUUGCUGAAGUGGAGGGACUGUUCUUACGUCUUCUUGCAGAGCUGAUGGAGUACGUAUUCGGCUUCCAGUUCGAAACCGAGGCGGACUUUGACGCGGAUGCUCCCUGCAACUUGAUCCCUCCGCCGACUCUGCAUUUGCUCUUCCCUGUGUUGCGUGAUCUGCUUCGCUUUGCACCGGACCUGCGUCGCUGGUCUCUGCCUCUCUUUGCUGUUCAUGCUCGCAUGAUCCCGGAUGAGGAAGAGGAAGAAGUAGGCGAUGUGGCUGCGCAGCGUCUGCUACGACGUGAUAUGCUGCAGCUUACGCUGUUGUUGUUGUCCCAGCAGGCAACGGGCAGCGCGCUGCCUAUUUCUAACCCGGAUUUGGCUCCGGGUAAGUUGCUGACUUCUCUGUGCUUGGGACCCGAAUUGACUGCGGCUGAAUGGGCCCCUUUGCUUGGCGAUGAUGGUUUACUCUCUGAGGAGGCGAGUGCACGUGGAGAAGUUCUGACUGCGCUACUCAACGUCGUGCAGAGUGACGAAGGCGGUGAGGAGUUCCGGAACGCUAAGCCCAGCUCACUCUUGAUUAGCCGGUUGUACUGCUGCCGCUUUGACUCGGACGAAAAGAACCGUACUCUGGCUAAUCAGAUCUGGGAUGCCACUGGCGCUGCCGUCACGGCGCUAUACGCUGGCCCGCUGCUCGUGCUGCUGAACCACACCCACGCUAGUGCGCGUGAAAGCGCAUCUCUUGCUCUUGCUGAUGGCAUGCGUCAGUUCCCCAAGUCGGUGACGCCACUGCUGAAUAACCUUAAGACGCAGUUCUUGAGCAGCCAGCCGAAGCCGAUUGAGCGCAAGGAUGAAUUUGGCAUUCCUACUGUUCGUCGCCCUGGUGCGCAAGCAGCAGAACUGGACGAGGAUGUUCGAACUAUGUGUCCUCGUCUUGGUGUCGCUCUGUGCUUGGAAAAGGCUGCGGAAGUUGCUGGCCCCGAGGCGAUGUCCAGCGCAAACACCAUGGCGUUGCUGACGUUCGUUAUGGAGCACGGUCUGGGAGAUCCGAACUCGAAGGUGCGUGCACAGAUGCGCAAAACUGGUGUGCAGGCUGUGGCUUCGCUAGGUGGUGGCGUGAAUACGGCGCCGCUGCUGGAGAUGUUCGAACGUUUCCUCGAGACCACGGCUCCGCCAGCGGCUCCUGCAGUUAAGACCAGCGGCGGAAAGAAGGCUAAGGUUGGAACCCACCUCGCUGCGCAGGAAGAGGAGAUGCUCCAGCAGAGCAAGCAAGCGCUGUCUAUCUACGAUCACCAGCGUGAAGGUGUCGUGGUUUGCUUGGGUUCUUUGGCUAAGCACAUGGCUCCGACGGAUCCGAAGGUCUCCUCCAUUGUGGAUUCGCUUAUCGAAGCACUUGACAUUCCGUCUGAGUCUGUUCAGCGUUCGGUCGCUAUGUGCUUGUCGCCGCUUAUGAGUGCAGUCAAGGACCGCACCACAGGCAUCUUGGACGAUCUGCUGAAGCGCGUGACUGAAGGCGAAACUUUCGGUGAACGUAUGGGCGCAGCUUACGGUGUUUCGGCUGUGGUCAAGGGACUUGGUAUCUCUGCUUUGAAGAUCCACAACAUCAUUCCGCGUCUUGAGGAAUCGAUGAAGACUGGUGGCGCCAAUGCCCGUCAAGGUGCCAUGCUUGUGUUCGAGUGCUUGAGCCAGCGUCUCGGACUUCUGUUCGAGCCUUACAUCAUUGUGAUCCUGCCCGUGAUGCUCAAGUGCUCGGCUGACGCUAGCCCGCAAGUGCGUGAGGCUGCCAGCCACACUGCCAAGGGAAUCAUGUCGAACUUGUCAGCGCACGGUGUCAAGCUGGUGCUUCCGUCGCUGCUGGGAGCGCUGGAAGAAAGCGCCUGGCGUACGAAACAGUCCGGUAUUCAGAUCUUGGGCUCGAUGGCUUAUUGUGCCCCGCGACAGCUAGGCUCAUGUCUGCCUCAGGUGGUUCCAAAGCUCAUGGCAGCUCUGACUGACUCGCACCCGAAGGUCCGCGAGGCUGGUAAGAGUGCCCUUCGUGACGUGGGUUCUGUGGUUCGCAACCCUGAAAUUGCCACCAUCUCCAAGGUGCUUCUGGACGCCCUUGAGGACCCUAACCGACACACGGCCGAGGCUCUUCAGCAGCUGCAGUCUACAUCUUUCCAGCACUCGAUCGACGCGCCGUCGCUGGCUCUUGUGAUGCCUAUCAUCACUCGUGGCCUGAAGGACCGUGCUGGUGAUGCCAAGAAGAAGGCUGCUCUUAUUGUGGGCAGUAUGUGUUCCAUGAUCAACGACGCGAAGGACCUGGUGCCGUACAUGGAGACGGUUCUGCCCAGUCUUAAGACUCAGCUGAUGGAUCCUAUCCCUGAGGUGCGUGCAGUGGCUGCUAAGGCUCUGGGCAAGCUGGUCAAGGGACUUGGUGAGCGUCACUUCGCUGAUAUGCUGACGUGGCUCCUCGAGGCAAUGAAGGACGACGAGGUUGGCCCCGUUGAACGUUCGGGUGCUGCUCAAGGUCUGUGUGAAGUGGUGGUUGCCCUCGGUAUUGAACGUGUGGAGCGCGUCAUGCGUGAAGAUAUCCUGCCGUUGGCUCGUCACCCGAAGUACUCGGUGCGUGAAGGUGUGCUGUGGGUCAUGGCUUUCCUGCCUCCUGCUCUUGGCAAGCAGUUCUCCAUGUUCCUUCGCGAAGCGCUGCCUAUUGUGGUGGCGGGACUCAGCGACGAAGCCGAGUCGGUGCGCGAUGUUGCCAUGCACUCCGGUCACGUCGUGGUGAAUGCACACGCACUGUCGCACACGCGCGAUCUGCUUCCGAGUCUGGAGGCUGGUCUGUUCGAUGAUAGCUGGCGUAUCCGCCAGAGUUCGGUCAUGCUGUUGGGUGAUCUCAUGUACCGUAUCAGUGGCACGCGUGUGGUUGCUGUUGUUAGCGGUGACAACGACGAUGACGAAGAGACUUCGGGAAGCGCUGCAGGCGACCGUGCCAUCAUCAAGUUGCUGGGUAUUCAGCGUCGCAAUGCUAUCUUGGCGUCACUGUACAUGAUCCGUUCGGACACUUCUGCUGUUGUGCGCCAGAGCGCUCUGCAGGUCUGGAAGAGUGUGGUCGCUAACACGCCCAAGACGUUGCGCCAGAUUCUGGAGGCUCUGAUGAACGCCAUCGUGUCAGCACUGUCGGGUGAUAACAUGGAGAAGCAGACAAUGGCUGGUCGUACCCUUGGUGAGAUUGUGCGCAAGUUGGGCGAGCAUGUAUUACCCGAGGUGGUGCCUAUUCUUCGUGCUGGUUUGUCGCCGUCACUUCCUACUGGUCGUCGACAGGGUGCUUGCAUCGGUCUGGCUGAAGUUAUCGAUUGCUGUACGAAGAAACAGAUCGAGGACUACGUGGACACGCUCGUUGAUGCUGUUUUGGACGGUGUCUGCGAUGAGCUACCCGAGGUUCGUGCCUCUGCUGCUCAGGCCUUCGACGUGCUGCACAAGGGCAUUGGCUACCGUGCUAUUGAUGAGACUGUACCGAUGGUGUUGGAGCGUAUCCACUCUUCUCCGUCGGCUGAGGAGCAGGAGCGAGCUCUUCUUGGACUACAGGAGAUUCUUCGUGUCAAGUCUCGUGAAGUGCUCCCGUACCUGAUCCCACGUCUACUGGUUAUGCCUGUGACUGCAUCAGCAGCACGUGCGGUGUCUCGUGUGGCUCAAGCAACGGGUGCCGUGAUCCACUUCCAAGUGGAAAAAAUCUUCGCUACGUUCUUCGCGCAGUAUGUUGAACUGCUGGAAGAUGACAGCUCGGAUGCUUCAAAGACUGAACUUUCAGAAGAAAUCAAACGAUCAUUGCGUGAUGUGGUGCUCGGAGUGGAAGCACCAGGCAUUCACUGGUUGGCCAUCGAGCUGUGCAAAUACUGCGAAAGCGAGAACGUGCUCGACCGUGCUUUGGCCUUUGAGCUUGUGGGCGAGUUCUGCUCGCACGCGACUGUACCGUACGACGACCAGGCUCCGCUGUACCUUAAGCAGAUUGUGCUGCACUUAAACGACCAAAACGAUGCAGUGGUUCGUGCAGCAUCUGCAGCGCUCAAGGGUAUGAAUGCGACUAUUAAACCGGAGCAGUUCGCGCAGCACUUGGACUUCAUCCGCCAGUCUAUCAACUCGAUGGUCAGCGAUGCCCGUCACCGCAAGGGUGGAGUGGGCGAUGGCGAGUACUUGCUGCCGGGUCUCUGCAUUCCGAAGGGUCUAGAGCCGUUCUUGCCUAGCUACCAGUGGGCUUUGAUGAAUGGAUCGCCGGAGUUGCGUCAGAGCGCGGCUGCUGGUCUCGGUGAACUUGUGGAGCUCAGUAGCGCACCUGCUCUUCGUCCGUACCUGAUCAAGCUCACGGGUCCGCUUAUUCGUAUCGCUGGUGACCGUUUCCCCGGUCACGUGAAGGCUGCUAUCCUGCAGACUCUGGAGAUCAUUCUGACGAAGGGUGGGGUGGCUCUGAAGCCGUUCUUGCCUCAGUUGCAGACCACAUUCGUCAAGGCUCUGAACGACACUGCUGUGGACGUGCGUGCUCGUGGUGCGUCGGCAUUGAGUCUGCUUGUCACGUUGAGCCCGCGUGUGGAGCCUCUUCUUGCGGAGCUUACGGAGCGCUUGCGCACCACGACCGGUGGUGUGCGUGAGGCCAACCUCGAGGCUGUUGCUUCUGUCGUGGAUCGUGUGGGUGACAAGCUGUCGGCUGCUGGUCGCAGUACUCUGGAGUGUGCGCUCGAGGAGAUGCUCGAGUCAAGUGAAGAUGCUCUUCGCGACGGUGCUAGCAAGUGCCUGGCUUCUUGUGUGGCUUCUACCGCGAACAAUGGCGACUUGGAGACGGCACAGAAGCAGUUACUCGACUACAGUUUGGCUAACAUAUCUGCAGACGAUCUGCAGGCUCAGCCGUGGCAGCGUCGCCAAAGUGCUGCCGUGUUCACAGCGCUGGUGCUGCACAAGCAUCCGGCUUUGCUGAGUGCAGAGGUCGCAGCCCCGCUGACCACUACUCUUGUUGCGUUGGCGCUGGAUGAACAGACAGCUGUGCGUAACAACGCGCUCAAUGCUAUUGGCGCGCUGGUGAAGCGCCAGGCACACGUGGAGGAUGUUGCCGCUUUGGUGCCGGUCUUGGUGGAGGGUGUGACGCACAAGAAUAAGGACGUGAUUCGUGGUGCGCUGCGUGUGGUGAAGCUGACCGCGAAGCGUUCACCGGAGCAAACGCGUGAGCAUUUGACUGCUCUUGUGCCUGCUGUCUUCCAGCUUAUCAAGAGCAACAACAUGGCUGUGAAGCUGCCUGCUGAACGGACACUGUUGUACUUGCUUGAGGUGCACUCGCGUCCUGAAACACAAGCGGAAUACCUGCGUAGUGGCGCUGCCGACGCCAAGAUCAUUGGCGAGUACACUCGUCGUGUGUUGAGCAAGCUGAAGGCGGACAGCGGUGACGAAAGCGACUAAGCUGAAUCUACACAGCUCUGCUGAGCUUAGACUAUUACCCGAUGUCUUAUAGGAAGCAUGCACGGGAUAAUUGUACGUCCAUUUGAUCUGAUAAAUAUUCUGUCUAGCCACCACAACUCAGCGAUUCAGUGGGACUGCAGCAGCCUCGAGAUCAUGUGCCGGUGUAGUUGUUAUAGUAGCAGCGGUUGCUGCAGAGCCGUGUCGACGACCACGGCGACGUGGUAGAUGAUCACCGUAAGAACGCGAGCCUAAAGCUUGCUGCUCGUUCGGCACAGCACAGAUUCCUGGCUGUAGAGUAGAACGCAGCAAAAUAAAAAGAGAUAAGCACAAUAGUAACAACAGGACCUAA